CGGCGCCUUCGAGUUGCAGCGGGAUGGAGCCUGAGGUUGUGAGCUUCACCGUCCCCAAAGAGAGCAAUAAAGUGGUGUUCGUGUGGAACAUUUCGGCGCAGCUCUCUGAAGGGGAGACAUAUUGGUCCUUGAUGAAGGCGUUCUCUCCGUUUGGGCCUCUGUACUCUUUGAAGCUUUUCCCGAAUGCUGGUGUUGCUGACCCCGGUUAUUAUGCAGUUGUUAGAUAUUUCACAUCGGGGAGUGCCAAGAAAGCUCAUGCAGCGUGUGACAGGAAGUCUUUGUUUCAGGACUCUCCUCUGAAGGUGCAGGUGUGCAAUAGAAAGAAGAGUUUGCAGUUCAAAUCAUUGGAGCUUUAUGGCUACAAAUGCCAAGAGCUGGCUAACUACUACUUGGGGUUCAAUGGGUGGAGCAAAAGAGUCAUUGCUCUUCAGAAUAUCUCAGGCCUGGAUGUUGAAGCAGAGGAAGAAGCGAGUCCUCAGGAGCCGGCUAGGUUAAGAUACUUGUGUGUGGUCGAGGUGACCAUUCAUGACGGUGAAAUUCGCAGCAGAGGAGUCGGUGUUGCCGAGGAGGCUAUGGAGAAGCAGAACGACCCAACAGAAUUCCUUUCGAAAAAUGGAAAAGUUCAGAAAUAUGCUGUUCAAAAGGCUCUCUCCAAUGCUUUUAAGAAGAUUUUAUUAGUAGUUUUUGACAAUGGGAAAGUUGCAGUGGAGUAUGUUCCUGAUGAAGAUGAUGCUGUAGACUGUCUUACAGAAGAAGAGUUGCAGGGGUUUAUUCAGGUCAAUGAUUUUACCUGGGCAUCCGUGGAUGGAGGUGCCGAGGAUGAUGAAGAGAUGCUGGCAAACCUCACUUUCUAUGAAGACACCGCGGCAGAUGGAGAAUAAGUGGAUGUUUGUAUAUAGAUU